GCCAGCCCAUAAACCUCCGGCACUUCCCUGUUCUCGUUCCAGCCAUCGGACUUUCGCUCUCUAUAUCUCUGAAGAAACACUCUUCAUUCGUUUCUGAAACUUCUCACUCGUUCACCAUCACACAUUCGUUUCACACAGCCAAGACAGCCAUGAAGUCCUACAUGCAGUGGGCCGCCGCUGCCCUCGCCGCCGGAGUGCCCUUGUGCGCAGCCCAGACCUACACCGACUGCAACCCCCUGAACAAGACCUGUCCCGCCGAUACUGGUCUCGACCAGUGGUCUUUCAGCACCGAUUUCACUGUCGGGUCUUCUGCGUUCAACAAGUGGACCACGACCGCUGGCACGGUUAACAGCACCUCCCUGGGUGCCAAGUUUGAGAUCAAGGAAGAGGGAGAUGCUCCCACUAUCCAGACUGAUUUCUACAUCUUCUUCGGAAGAGUGGAAGCCAAGUUCCGCUGUGCCAACGGUACCGGUAUCAUCAGCACACUUGUGAUGGAGUCCGAUGACCUCGACGAGAUUGACUGGGAACAAAUCUCAACCUUCGACACUUACGUCCAGACUGACUACUUCGGCAAAGGCAACACCACCAGCUACGACAGGUAUACCAACGUGGACCUGACUGAUCCCGUCGAGGAGUUCCACACCUAUGCCGUUGACUGGACUGCGGAAAGAAUCGAGUGGAUCCUCGACGGAACUGUGGUUCGCACCCUCGAAUACGCUGACGCGGUGGAUGGCACCAACUUCCCCCAGACCCCCAUGGUUGUCAAGAUCGGAAUCUGGGCUGGUGGCGAUCCCAGUAACAGCGCUGGAACCAUUGAAUGGGCGGGUGGCGAGACUGACUAUACCGCUGGUCCCUUCAUCAUGUACCUCGAGUCGGUGAACAUCACCAACUACAGCCCAGCAUGCAGCUACACCUACUCCGACAAGACCGGCGACUACACCAGUAUCACCAGCUCGAACUCCACCUGCAACGCCACUUCCACCACCACCUCUAGCAAGAGCACCUUGGCUAGUGGCUCAGCUGUUGCCUCCAGCUCUGGCGCUGUCUACACUGGUGGCGCGAACAGCCUCUCCUAUGGAUCUGCGAUUUCCAUGGUUGGCGCUGGUCUUUUGGCUGCUCUUCUCUGAUUUGGAUCA